AUGUCCAUAUCUGAAAUAAAAGAAUACCUGAGUAGAGGAGAAGAUUCUGAAGAACUAGGUUCCAAAAUAAACGAUUUAGUCUUCCAAAUUACAGAACACACCGCAACCACAAUAGCUCCAGAGGCGGCCAACGAACUUUUAAAUACAAUAUCAGAAUGGAUUUUGCAGCAUUCCAGCUCCAAACGGCUCGAAAACCUCCUCAAAUUGAUUUUUGUAAUUUACCAAAACCAAGGCCUUUCUGAAGAAUUCAAUUUUCUAGGGAUGGACGAAGCUGAGGUGAAAAUUGCAGCUUGUCCAAAUUUAGUGUCCUGCAUUCUCUCACUUUUAAACUCUGUAUUAAAAAGUAACCAAGCCGAAAAGUAUAUGAGGAUCCUGACAUUAUUGCUGAGAAUUUCUGCCAUGAUUGUGCAGCAGAAGACAGUCCCGAAUUUCUUUCGAAGGAAAGGAAGUCUAAAAAUGCUAAUCGCUCUAUAUAGAAACCUUGUAAAGGCAUCUGCAAGAAGUGAAGGGUCAAUCAAAAUUCUUACGUUGAUUUGUGAAGUAAUGGCUAACAUGGCUGUCAAAAAUGAAAAAGCAAGAGAGUAUUUGACGAGAAAAGCAGUGAUUCAAGCCUCAUGUGCAUUGAUAACCAACCCAAACUAUACAAGCGAUAAUAAACUUAUGAGCAAAGCUUUAUAUCUUUUAGGAAGCACUGCUGGGAGCAGCGAUCAACAGUUAUUGAUAUGGGUUUCUGGAGGAAUUUCUCAAGCUCUACAGUGCGUCCAAAACCCGAAACUUUCUCCGUCAGCUUCAUUUUUGUUGUGAAGGGCAUGUAUUGAUAAUGAAGAAAUCCAGCAAGAAAUAUUUUCCUCAAAUUUUCAUUUGCAAGCUUUGGAGGCAAUAAGAAAUGGAGGCGAUAUUGAAAAAAUCACUUAUUUGAUAGGAAUCAUAAGAAGAAUUGUGGUUAAUGCAAAAUUCAGAGACCAACUGGCAGGUUUGGUUGCAGAGCCACUUUUAUUGGAGCUUAAGCAGCUUACCAGAGGCGAGUUUUCUUUACCUUUAAAAGAAAUUUCAGCAGCUCUUGGAACAAUAUCAACUGAUCCAGCGAUUGCACAAAUAAUUGUCCAAGCAGCUGGCAUUGAAAUCAUAACAGAAGUCGCUUUAAGAAACCUUACAAAAUCAAAGCUUGUGAAGACUUGUAUUGGAGCGCUCGUAAAUUUAUCAUUGCAAGAAGGAAUGGUGGACAGGAUAGGCAACAACUUACGAUUUUAUGAAUUAAUUAGAGCUAUCAUAGCUUCUUACCCAAGCUCUUCUUAUAUGAUGGAAUAUACGCUUAGACUCAUUUUAAAUGCCUUGCAAAGCAACAACUGUUUGUACCAUCUUUCUGAAGUUUCCUUUGUGACUGAUCUGAGAAAUCUUUUUGAGAGGUGGCAAAAUGAAGAAGAUCUCCUGCUGUAUGUGCUCUAUAUUUUUAGAAGCCUUGUUUCGCAUAAAAAAGGGAUCGAAGCCUUUUCAGAGGCAAUUCCAGAAGGGUUUAUAGAUCAGCUUCUUGGAGUUUUUCAGCAUUAUAUUUCAAAUGUCAAAGUUCUUACUGAAAUUAUUCUGCUGAUUUCAGCAUUGAGCCAGCAAGAAGGAAUUUUCCUGGAUACGUUGAAAAGGUCAGAUAUGCUUUCAACAAGAAUAAAAGAAUGCUUACUCCCCCUCCGUGAGCGAACAAAACUUUGCUCACUUAAGGAGAUGGUUAAUAUUUUUUAAAAAUUUAUAUAUAAAUUUUAUAGGAAAUUUUUCUAAAAUAUUCUAAUUGGAAAGCUAAAAUUAGUUUUUUAAGUUUAUUUUUUCAAAUCCAAGGUGUAGCUAAAAAUUUCAUUAUACUAAUUAUCACCCACAUAUCAAAAUAUUUUUCCAUAAAACAAAUUGUUUUGUUCGCUUACAGAGGAUGGCUUUUUUACCCAAUUUUUUUUUCGCUUAUGGAGGAUGGGGGAGUUAGAAAUUCAUUCGAAGGACCAGAAUAAAACAAUGCUACUGACAGAAUGUAUUGCAAACUUACCCGUUGAGGAGUUGAACAUUAUUAUAUAA